AUGUCCGAAGGGGAGGUCAGUGGGGGUGGUGACCGCUUUUUCUCCAUUAGGAGAUUCUCUCCCAUCUCACUUCCUCCGCCAGAGCUGGAAUCGGAAUACAAAUUGCCACCAACGAAACAGGCGCGAAGCAUCACUCCUCGCGGUCAACGUUUCAGCAAACUGAGUGACGCCUACCUAAACAUUACUUCUCGCCUUGGGUCGAAACAAACUACUCAUAAGGCGUUGGAUCAGCACCAGUCAAGUUCAACAGAUUCUGUAGUAUCAUCUGUCGCUGUCCCACGUCUUGUAAGGUCACAAGAUGAACUUCAGGCCCGGACUUCCGCUUCGGCUAUGCGGUUCUUUAUGAAAAAGUCACGCCGUACUACCCUGGGUUCAAUCGAUACUCCGGAAGAAGAUUUGGCACCUAAGGCGGACCGCGGUGAUAACGCCGGCCCCAGUCUUAGAAAACAGAUUGACAAUGAGCUACCAACCUCAAGUGGCCCGCCUCAGGAUACUACUAGCAGCACCAUUAAGAGAAUCGUUGCUCAGUAUGACGGCAGUACAUCUAGUCUUAGGGCCGAGUAUAACAACUCUCGAGAGUAUUGCUGGAAGACCGAACUGCCUCGCUCUCAGCCUCCUCAAGCAUCCCUUCCCGAGCCUCCACCUAUGAACACGCAACGUAGUGCAUAUGCACACCAGGGCGAGCACGAUUCUCCGGGACUGGACUCAAGCAUUACUGACUCGCAGCAUCUUCUUGACGCUGAAGCGCAGGCUCACGAAUUAGACGAAGUGGGACGCGCCCUGUUCCCACUCCCUCUUAACAUCGCUCGAACACUGCAUGAUACAGAAAUAACACGCCAGCAGCACUACAAUGCUCUAAGAAUCAAUGAUGACUUUAUGGAACCCGGGAAGAAGGCUCCCAAUGACAAUCUAUCGGCACAUCGAUACGACGGGUGCUGCAAAACGUAUCUUAAGCCUCAGAUGCAGCGGGACAUAAGUCAAGAGCUAAGGCGCCUUAGCAGUUCUCCCAAACCAAUGUAUAGUGCAGAAAAUUCCGAGCACUUCCCAGUUCAACAGGAACAACCCCAGGACGAUACUUUUAGUCAAUCUGGCCUUCUGACACCUAGUACUGGAGGAAAACGUGUUCGACACAUUAAGGUGGUUAUCGGAAGAGAAUCCAAGAUUAGCAAGGAUAAUCAUGAGGGCAAUGGUGCGUAUAAUGAUGCCAAACACGAUCACCGCGACAUAUGUUCCGAAGACGGUGAUUGGAUAACGGAGGCAACAAGUGAUGUUGGCUUCGGCAUCAGUACUGUUCCCCUUGCUGAAGGACCUUUGACUGGCGGUUUCAAGAAAGCUGGGAGCAGCAUCGCCGACUAUUCUGACGACGGCUACGAAGACAUACUAGAUAGAUUUGGAUCGCAGGAAAGAAUUCUCCAGAAUCCGGAGGGUGACGAUAAAGACAAAAUGUCUUUUAGUCGGCGAAUGAAUCAACCGAAAUUCGCAAGCGUGUUCUCGCGCCGACAUGGUACCCGCCUAGAGCUCUCCAGUCUUCCUUGGGCAAGUACAACACAGGAGGAAGCUGGCCAAUUCCGACCCCAAAUUCUACGCAAGAAUAAGAAUCCGUAUCGAGAGUUUAACAACAGACAAAACAAGACUUCUGGCCGGCUUGUUUUCAACUUUGAUCAGAAUGCUCCUCCACGGUACGAGUUUCGCGACUCGAUUUCAGAGUAUGAGCCGGCAGCAGCCAGCACGAAGGCAAACUGCGGCACUCGCAUAUAUGAUACACGUGGAUCCCUACCAUCUCCGGUGUCAGAUGUCGCUGAAGAAAACCAUCUACACAAUACGGAUACUGAAUUUAACCGCUCUGCUGAGUUUGAUGCGGACGCAAUUCUAUCCAACAAUUUCCCUCAGCAGAGUAAACAUUGUCAAACGGUUGGUCUUGGUCAAGAUACAAGGUUUAGUAUUUACGCAGCAGAUCGAAAAAAUCAGAUCGAAGGAAUUGAUAACCGGGAAUUCGCGGCUGCUUCUUCAUACUACGAUCAGCCAUCAGCAAAUUCAGUCCGGUCGAAAUUUAAUUUUGAGCUGUUGCCUCUUGAUCAAGCCCGGAGGAGAGAUAGAUCGAAAAGAUACAGCGGCGAGAUCAACGAGGACGAGCCAACGGCAGCCAGAAUUAAGCGAAACCAGAGUGUUCGAUCUAUCAAAAGGACACAUAGUCCUCCUAAACCACCUACUAAAGCUUUCCUCACUGGCCCUGAUCUCUCUGCGAACUUCUCGUCGCCAAAAUGGCAGGCACAAAAUUCAGACUUGACAGACACGCCAGCCCCAUUUUCAAUGGGUUGUCACGAGAGUGCCACAUCUGUUGAACGUAAACAUCAGAAGGUUAACUCGCUGGGCACCAAGGAUAACUCGUCCUCUUUUACCACAAAAUCGGCCGCCGAAAGUCUUUGGUAUGGCCAAAAAGCCCAUUUCGGCGUACCAGUUCAAGAUAUGUACCAGUACAGAUUACGGCCGGCUUUAAUUGCGCCAGAUGAUUACGUUUCCGAUCAUGCCGAUGAUAUCCGUCGAUCAUGCUUCUAUGUUCUAGCAGUAUUGUCUAUCCUACCCUUCGUCGGCGUCCUCGUUUUGACUGGGGCCUUCAGCGAAGGCCUGAAAUGGGCUACUCGAGGUGAGGUGGACCGACUAAACUCUCGCCAGCAGCGGAUCAUCAAAUGCAUACUCAUUUCCGAGUGUGUCUUGUACACUGGCGGCGUCGUGGCUGUAGUGGUCUACUUCGUCUUGGAGAGUAAGGCCUACACCUAA